CGAGUUUCAGGGCCCCAUGGUGGGGACCCGCCCUAGAAGCGAAAAAUCGCAUUUUUCGGAAUUCUAGUCAUGUAGUGGGUCGACGCUACUUGCACCGCACUAAUUAACACCAAGACGACCUCUAUUUGCUUCACUUGUAUUUCUAGAAUUUGAAUUCCCCCAUUCCAGCAAAUUUCCUACCAUAUCGACUCCUGCAUUACCCCCUUCGACUCGCCACAGCCAGCAACGUCGUUGUACAUCGAGACCUAGCACUGAGGGAGGUUAAGCAUAGGCCUUCACAUCUUGCAGAAUCCGUACACACUGACCAAUAUGGUUCUCAACGAUGGCCCGCCGUUCGGUCCCGUGAUUGAUGGCACCAUGGUGGUCGUAUUCUGGGAAUAUCGGCCGAGCAACGUCGCCGCAUACCUCUUUCUCGCCUUAUUCGCGCUAGCGACGCUCGGACACGUCGUCUACCUCGCCUGGCUCCGGGCAUGGACAUAUAUCCCAUUUAUUCUCGGAGGGAUAGGUCUAAUCUUCGGCUACUUAGAGCGCGCCCGAGCUCACUCUGAUCCCACGGACCUCGACCCCUGGCUCCUGCAAAGCAUGCUCCUGCUCGUGGCGCCGCCCCUUCUCGCUGCAACCGUAUAUAUGACGCUUGGAUGCGUCGCCGCCGCGCUGCUCGAAGGGGUAGAGUUCCGGUCUGGUCGUGGGCGCGACUCCCGCGGCUGUUGUAGCCGGUGCUGCUAUGCGUGCUGCUGCACCUGCUCGCCGACCAAGGGCUUCGUGGUCGCCGACGUGGUCGCUAUCUUCACUCAGCUGAUUGGCACUGUGCUGCCCGCGAGCGGCACGCCCGAGGCCCAGCGCCUGAGCAAAAUUAUCGUGCUGGUCGGCCUGCUCGUGCAGCUGCUGGCCCUGGUUGUGUUUAUCGUCCUCUGCGCACGCCUUCACGCGCGCCUGCGUCACAAUCCCUCCAAGUCCAAGGCUAUGCUGGCUGACCCUGGUGUUAACUGGCUGGGUCACUUUGUCGUGCUCGAGGUCGCCGCCGUGAUGCUCGUUGUCCGGAGUGUGGUGCGCGGGGCGGAGUACUUGGGGGGUACGGACGGUUUCGUGGCGACCCACGAGGUGUUUGUCUAUGUUUUUGACGCGGUGCCCAUGUUGGUUGUGAUGCUUAGCUCUAUGUUAUUGCACCCGUCACGACUCGUCAGGGAGAUCGCGAAGCUGGAACGCAAGGAGAUGGGCGAAUUUACGGAGCUGAGGGGAGCAUCGCUUAGAUAAUUCAACAUCGAACUUGUACAGGACACGGCACGGCGUCACUAGACCUAAUUAUUCCUUACUGCUUACUGUUAUGCCACAAAGAUCUCGAGUAUCGAUCUAGCUGUCUAUCAUGAUUGUAGUGACGAAGGAAGGUCUUGUUAAUCUAGGCAGAAGACAGCCGAGGC